ACAGAGAUUUUAGAGAGAGAGAGAGUGUUGUGUCCAUUUCCCCACUCCCCCUACCUGUAUCCCUCUGUUCCCCCUCUCUACAACGCCGCCAUUAAUGCUCCUCUCUCUCUCUCUCUCUCUCUCUCUCUCUCUUUGAGACGCGCACUUCUCUCGAUCUCUUCUCAUCUACGUAGCUCCCGAAUCCACGCACGAGCUCGAUCUAUAGGGCGUGGCUACGCCAAUACCUCUGAAUCCUUGUUAAAUUGCUCUUCGUCUUCAUAUAGAUCAUGAGUUUGGAUUCGUCGAUUUGAGGAAUGUACCAAAGUAUCAGAUCGCGGAGAAGAGAGGAGAUCGACGGCGGAAAAGGAAUGUUUCAGUUUAGGAAGCAACCAAGUGCCUCAGAGGUGCAGGUGGGUUCUUCUUAUCGCUGUGGCUCGUCAACAGAAGGAACUUCUUUUGCUCCGGAGUUCGAUAGAAGUUCAUUAAUGAAAACCUCAGGGUUGCCAAUCAAAAUGCUAAUUGAGGAAGAAGUGUCCAAAAAAGCGCAAACUAGGCACUCCCCACCAAGUGUUAUUGCUAGACUGAUGGGUCUUGACACCGUUCCAUCUUCUCAUCUAUCCCACAGCCAGCGCAAGAACGUUCAAAGAUAUGUGCACUCGCCAUCAUCUGUAGGUUCUGAAGAGAGGCAUGUUUUCUCUGAAGAUCUUUCUCGCAGAAGAAGCACUGAUGAACUCCCAGAGUUAAAAGAUGUUUUUGAAGUAAUGGAAUCAUCAGAGUUGAAGGCCUGCAAGAAUCAGAAAAAUAGAAAAGGGAGAGUGAGCUCUAGACAUAAGGAGACUGACGUGGACUUUAUAAGGCAAAAAUUUAUGGAUGCAAAGCGUCUCUCUACUGAUGAACAAAGCUCUAAAGAGUUUGACGAUGCAAUUGAAGUACUGGAAUCUAAUAAGGAUCUUUUAUUGGACUUUCUCGAUGAACCGAACUCUUUAUUCACGAAGCACCUCCACGAUCUAAAUUGCUCUCCUCCCCCCCAGGCAAGCCACAUCACAAUUCUGAAACCAUCUAGAUGUAUGAAGUCUUCAAAGCCAGCAAUGCUUUCUAAAUUAGGAAGAGAUACUGAGAUAUUGAGAGAAAACCCAAAAGAAUUUAGGAACCUUUGUAGAAAGCCUGCAAUUAGACCCGAAAGUGACUGUUUUAGUGAGCUCUCUGGUUCUCAAACAUGUAAAUUGCCAAAAUCAACUUAUGAGGAAAAAAUUGGAGCUCACAGUCAUCCAACUCGGAUUGUUGUGUUGAAACCUAGCCUUGAGAAAGCUCAAAAUAUGGAAGGAGCUAUUCCAUUAACCCACGAGAUCUUUCAAUCUGGCUACAGAAGGCCCAUGCACUUCUCAUGUCCUGGGGCUCAGGAAUUGUUUUCAGAAGGAACUAUUCGGCCAGAUUUGUCUGACGGUUUCGAAUUAGCUCUGGGGCCCAAAGCAAGGGGCUCGAGAGAAAUUGCAAGAGAGAUCACAAAGCAAAUGAGAAAAACCGUACACCGUGGUGGUGCUAAAAAGGUAUCACAGAUUUUGCCUCACAUGGAUAUGAUCGACAAUCCAGACGUGUUUCAGAGAUCUAGUGACUUGCAUGAUGAUUGGAACCCGAGACUCAGCCCGUCUUCAACAUAUUCAAGUGCAUCAUCAGUUAGCAGAGAAGCUAGAAAGCGCUUGUCUGAAAGAUGGAAGAUGACCCACCAAUUCCAAGAUGCAAAGACUCUUGCUAGAGGCUCAAGCACGCUAGCUGAUAUGCUCGCUUUACCUGAUAGGGAUGUGCAGAAGGCUAUGAAAGCUUCAAAUCAGACACGGGCUUCCUCUGCUGGUCCUACCAGUAAGGAUGGUUGGAAGGAUGGCAACUUGAUCGGUUCACCAAUUUCGAAGUCUCUUCCAGCUUCAUCAAGCAGUCGAAGGAGUCCAGAAUGCAGGAAAAGAAAAGAAAGUGGCCAACUUAGGGAUUAUCGUGUAGUUGAAAACUUACCCAAUAUUAAUCUUGAUGAUUUUGCUGAUGGUAGCUUUAUUAAACAAGGAAGAUCAGAAAUAAGAAGUUCAAUGUAUCAUUUUGACAAAGCUUGUUUGGGUAGCGCGGCUGAAGAUGAAAUUUUGUUGCCUGAACGGGAGAUUCAUGUGAGCUCUGAAGAAUUGAGGAAAAGUAUUCAUGUGAAAAAUCUUUCUCGACAGGAAUUCAUGCAUCCCACACUCUCUAUCGAUGCCUUAAGGGAAGGAGAUCAGCAGCUUGUUGACAUUUCUUUGGUUACUGAAUGUCAAGAUGGAACCUGCAUGUUGACCACACAAGCAAAACAGGUGCAGCAACAGCUUGGAUCAGCAAUAGUUGUGGGGGAUGAGAACAUUAUUACUUCUGAUCUGGAUGGCUUGGUACUAGAUGAAGAGAGAGUUGAUCACCCUCUGGUUGACCCCAUACUAUCCCCAUUCAAGGCGCCGCAACCAGCAUCACCGGUAAGCUCCAACGAAGGUGAACCAAGUCCAGUAUCUGUUCUAGACACUUCUUUAGAAGAAGAAAAUUCUUCUUCAGCCUGCUUCGAGAGAAUUAGCACUGAUCUUCAAGAGCUCCGAAUGCAACUUCAACUUCUCAAGCUUGAGUCUGCAGACACUUAUGCAGAAGAAUCAGAGCUUUUUAUAGUAAGCGAUGAGGAGAGUGUGGGAGAGAGUCAGCCUCUGUGUCCAACAGGAGAGAUCAUUCAAACUUUCCGAAAUGAAGAGGAGAGAGACUUCUCUUACCUACUCGACAUGCUUAUAGAUUUGAAUGUCCACCUUACAAACCAGGAUGGGCAACUCAGUUCAUGCUACUUGCUGGACUCCCCACUGGGACCAGGUGUCUUCGGCAAGCUUGAAAAGAAGUACAGUGGGCUUAUUUUGUGGUCAAGAUCAGAGAGGAAGCUGUUAUUCGAUCUAAUAAAUACUAUUCUUGCUGAUGUGGUUUCCUCAAAAUUGGAUCUCGUCUCGCGCGGGGUUUCUAAGUGGCAUGCGCCCAAAUGGGACCGAGAGGGUCUUGUGGAAGAGGUGUGGCAAAGAGUCGUUAGUCGAAGGAGGGAUAUAGGAUGCUGCAAGGAGGGGAAAGUUUUGGAAUUAGAGUGGUUGGAUUCUGAAGGUGGUGUUGAGAUUGUCGGAAGAGAUAUGGCGAGCAUGUUAUGUGAUGAACUAAUUGAAGAACUCAUUGCUAACUUCCGAUAGUGGAUAAGUUCCUUGAGGAACAAAUAUAGUGGGUGAGUUCUAUGGAAUUAGAACGAAUUUGCACAUUUUGGAAGUUCAAAUAUGAAAAUUUCAAUUUCCCACCCUAUAUUUCUUUUUGUGCAAAUUGUACCUGAAACAGUUUGUAUCAGCCAGUCAAUCACUGAGGUGUCCUCAAGUUUUAAGUAGCAUAAUCUCAUGGUCCCCUUUUAUUUGAUUUCGCCUCUGAAUAGGGAAAUCAGUGUAUAAUUUCUCCUAGUCAUGCUGUGACAGCAUAUAAUGAAUUUCUUAUCAUCAUGCAAUGCGCAAUAUAUGUCAGAAUUGAUUGCUUAAUUUGGUGUAAA